AUGAGUUUCGUCAGCAAGUCCCGGACAAAAUUCGCUCCCAAAAUUAAAAGAAGAACUCCAGCUGGUGGUGCUGGCCCAAAUUCUCAGCCCACAAAAGCCCUGCUGGUGGUGUCUUCCACAAGUUCCAUCUCUCCUGAACCUAGCAGUGCUUCUGAAGCCUCAUUGACUCCUGGUCCAAUCAAUAAUAAACCUACCACGGCUGCGGGUUCAAAGACCACCGCCGAAUCACAACCCACCCCGGCCACCAAGAGGAAAUCGAGAAAUCAUGUCAUUAAGGCCCCCGACUCCACCGAAGUGCUAAAACUCAUGUCAUCGCUGUCGCGACGAUCAUCAGUAUCUACUGGUGGGCCAAUGAAACCCGGAAGUAGCACCAUUAAUGAAUCCUCGGGGAGAAACCGCAGAUUAUCGUCGAUUUCCCGAUUCGAUAAGACUGCAGGGUUCGUGAAACCUCAACCCCCGGCAGAGAAACGUAAGAAGAAAAGAUCAUUGAAGGGUUCGCUUGCUAAAAACCUUCAAGACCCAGCAAAGAAAAGAAAAAGAUCAAUGGCGUCGACUACUGAAGUGUCAGCUAGUGGUACUAGACCUUUGAGUAGUAUUCUACAAGAUUUCAAGGAAGAUUCGGUAGAACCAACCCAAGCCGAUGAUACCCCAUCCCCAGGGUUAUUUGGUGAGGAAGAUGAAGAAGAAGAAGAAGAAGAAGAUGAUGAUGAUGAUGAUGAUGAUGAUGAUAAUGAUGGUUCUGGGUUGACGGAAUUUGAAAGACAUGAACGGAGACAAUAUGUGAAAUUCAUGAGUUUUGUCAAGAGUAAUCCUUGGAGAAGAUUACCAUCGAAGAAUAAUGAGAUUGCUAAAUUAAUGAAAAAGGCAGGCACUAAUGUACCAUUCAGUGGUGGUGUUGGUGGUGUUGGUGCUGCUGGCCUGAUUAAUGGAGUUGGUAAAACUAUUAAUGAUAAUGAUAAUAAUAAUAAUAAGAAUAAGAAUAAUAAUAAUAAUAAUAAUAAUGAAGAAGAAGAAGAAGACGAAGAUGAUGACGAUGGCCAAGAUGUCAAGCUUGUUAUUGACCCGAUCUCGAAAAGAAUCAAAGCGCUUCCUCUAUUAGAUUACGAAAAAUUCAAAAAAUAUUUCGAUAAAGAAUUCAAAAUUACUGAUGUCAAACAAAUCCCAAAAGGUACUGCGGGGCUUGGACAAGAGUUUUUCGCGGAUUUCGUGUUGGACGAAGAUAAUUUCACCAUUGCUGAUUUGUGUAAUUUUGAUUUACCAAUCGGGGAAGUUUCUACUGAUUUCAAAUUGGCCAGAGAUGCUUCUGUGAAACGUAAAGCCGCGGCUAGAAAACGGCGAGCUUUACGCCAACAUGCCAGAAUGGCGGGGAUUCCUUUAGAAGAAUUGCUUAGAAACGACGAGACCCCUGAACAACGAGAAAACCGUCGUCGUGAAGAGGUUGAUAAACUUUUUGAAGCGAAACCCGAACCUCGACAAGCCAUUCAAUUGAACUUUGCCGAUGGGAAAAUUAGCAUCGAUGAAAGCUCGCAAUUUUUGGACUCGCGGAAAAACCUCAAUAACGAUGGGAAAGUCCGGGAAGUCGAGAAUGAAAACCCGUUUGAAAACCCUAUUCAUUGCAAAUCGUUCACGAAAAAUGUGUACGCUGAUCGUUGGACGUUUGAUGAAACCAUCAAGUUCUAUCGGGCACUAAGCACUUGGGGAACCGAUUUCGGGAUCAUCACCAAUUUGUUUCCUCAUAGAAAUAGAAGACAAAUCAAGAUGAAGUUCACGUUGGAAGAAAAGAAGAAUUUAUUUUUGGUGGAAUUGGCAUUGAAAAAGAAGUUGCCGGCUGAUUUCGACGAGUAUGUCGAUUCCAUCAAUGAGAAGCGGAUCGAUUCUGAAAAGAAGAAGUUCAAAUCGCUUGAAGAUUUCAAUCGGGAAUUGGAAAAGGAGAAGGACAGGCAUGAACAAGGCAUGAAGAUGCUUCUUGAAGAGAAGGAAAAGGCGAGAAAAGAGGACGUUGAGGAACGAGGCCGGAAAGAAGAGGUUCGUAAAAAUGAAAAGAAAUUGUCUUCCAAACAGCAAAGACUUCAAAUGUUGAGAGCCCAAGAAGAGGUGAUUGGGGAGAUUAGCUGA